AUGAGGCUGGGAUUCCUCUGUGCUCUGCUCUCGCUCCUGGAAGGGCAGGGCUGGGCAGACACCCGAGCCAUCGGGGCCAAGGAAUGUCGCCCCAACUCGCAGCCCUGGCAGGCUGGGCUGUUCUACCUCACCCACCUCUUCUGUGGGGCGACCCUCAUCAGUGACCGCUGGCUGCUCACAGCUGCCCACUGCCUGAAACGGUAUCUGUGGGUCCGCCUUGGGGAGCACCACCUCUGGAAAUGGGAGGGUCCGGAGCAGCUGUUCCGGGCCACAGACUUCUUCCCUCACCCUGGUUUCAACCAGGACCUCACCGCCCAGGACCACAACGAUGACAUCAUGUUGGUCCGUCUGCCCCGGAAGGCACAUCUAGGCCCUGCCGUGCAGCCCCUCAACCUCAGCCAGACCUGCGUCUCCCCCGGCACCGAGUGCCUUAUCUCAGGCUGGGGGGCCGUGUCUAGUCCUAAGGUGGAGUACCCACUGACGCUGCAGUGUGCCAACAUCAGCAUCCUGGAGCCCCGGCUCUGCCAUCGGGCAUACCCAGGCCACAUCUCUGACAGCAUGCUCUGCGCCGGCCUGUGGGAGGGGGGCCGGGGCUCCUGCCAGGGGGACUCUGGGGGCCCCUUGGUUUGCAAUGGGACCCUGGCCGGUGUGGUGUCCGGAGGCUCGGAACCCUGCUCCAGACCCCGGCGCCCUGCGGUCUAUACAAGCGUGUGCCACUACCUGGACUGGAUUCAAGAAACCAUGGAGAACAACUGA